AUGUCAGACAAAAUGUCUAUCGACAAGAAAGAACAUUCGAGAGACGAAUCGGAUGAGUCCAUUGGCUCAAGUCCUGAGAAUGAGCCGGGCCCAUCGAUUCCACCAGAAAACCAACCGGCAAAGCGCAAAGGAGGUCGCAAACCCAUCUAUGCCACUUCGGAAGAGCGCAAACAGAGAAAUCGCCAGGCGCAAGCAGCGUUUAGAGAGCGACGGACAGAAUAUAUAAAACAGCUCGAAGAAACUAUCAAGGCUCAUGAGUCGAAUCUGGCUAGUCUGCAAGCUGCCCACCGUAGUGCUGCAGAUGAAUGUUUGAUGCUUCGAUAUAAGAAUUCCCUUCUUGAACGUAUCUUGUUGGAAAAAGGUAUUGAUGUCCAAGCUGAGCUACAUGCCAAGACUGGUAGUCCAAACCUUGGUCCAACUCAUAUGCCCCAGAAUAUGGUGCAACCACCACCUAUGCCGCGGGCAAUCCUCAACAGACAUCACCACGCGCGCAGAUCUGCUUCUAGCAUCGCCCCGAAACUCGAGCCUGGCGUGCCUUCUCUACCCCAGCCUGUGGGGGUGCAGCAGUCUAUGGCAUCGCCUAAGAACCGGCCAACGCCCCCUUCUCACGCGGCUUCUCCCACUAACCCUACACCACCUUUUGGUAACCAUAAUCAUGCAACAGCUUCACCCGUAUCUUCAGAUCCCACGAGCAUGCGAACGACGAUCCCCCCACCGAUGAAACCGCAAUUGGCACCGAUGCCAGGAAUGACAGUCGCGGCGCGCCAGCAGAUGUUGCAGCAGCAUGCUGCUGGCGCCCGGCCGACGGCAUUCUACCCGACGCCAUCAUUUCAAAAUCAUUUCCAACAGCUCGAACAAGAGUACGACGCCCCGACCGAUAUGAUGGACGAACCCGAACCGGAUACGCCAGGGCCGGGCCCUUAUCCUUCGACUUUCCAAGUCCCUCAACAGCAUGGCAUGUCCGUACAGCCAGCGACGACGGGACCGCAAGGACAACCCCCGAUAGUGCCCGGGGGACAGGGCAAUCAAGCGCAGAGCCAAACACAAGGCCAAGGCUAUCCGAGCAUGACCCAGCUAUUGGACCCAGCAUUGGAUUGGGACCCAUUUGGCCUGAGUGCGUCUAUGGCCUUCCCAACGCAGUUCUCCUUCGACACGAGUAAUAUGAGGUAG